CUCUGCUCUCCGUCCUGAUCUCAGCGUCUGUCAGACUGAAUUCAUCCAGCAGACAUGAAGCUCUGUGCUGGACUCUUCCUGCUGCUCUGCCUCUUCCACCUGGGUGCAGGUCUUCGGUGUUAUAAGUGCUCAGACUACACCGGGCGCUGUGAGAAUGUGCAGGAGUGCACCUACGAGGACUCGUGUAUCUCUCUGAGUGAGAGAGGAGGGAAGACCAUCCGUCAGUGUAUCCGGUACACAGACUGUGAUAACUCCCGCCUCACUCAGAUGUUUCCCGCCAUCUCCGGCUUCACGUACCGCUGCUGCAGCAGCAACCUGUGCAACUCCAGCAACGCCGUCACCAUGGCGACGCCCGUCCUGGCUCUGAUUGGCUGGCUGCUGAGCGUGUGCUGCAUCACUAACUGAGUCACAUUUAAACAACGUGACACUUUUUUUUACCUUUUGCUAAUUUGCUCGUUUUCUAUUUCAUAAAGUUUAACAAUAAAAAUGAAAA